GCAUCACAUUCGUUUCUUGAAUCCCCUCUUUCAGAGAGAGAAAGAGAGUCAGAGAGAGAGAGAGAGAGAAUGUUCCAUGCUAAGAAACCUUCAAGUAUGAAUGGUUCAUAUGAGAACAGAGCUAUGUGCGUUCAAGGCGAUUCAGGCCUUGUCCUCACCACCGACCCUAAACCGCGUUUGCGUUGGACCGUCGAACUCCACGAGCGUUUUGUGGACGCCGUCGCUCAGCUCGGCGGCCCCGACAGUAUGAACACACAUACACAAAUAUAUAUUCAAUCCAUUUAACCAAUUAUAAAUGUGUUUUUUCAAAGUUUUUGAUCAUUUCUAUUUGCAGAAGCGACCCCAAAGACGAUUAUGAGAGUUAUGGGUGUGAAGGGUCUUACUCUUUACCACCUAAAGAGCCAUCUUCAGAAAUUCAGGCUUGGAAAGCAGCCGCACAAGGAGUACGGAGAUCACUCCACAAAGGAAGGUUCAAGAGCUUCUGCCAUGGAUAUUCAGCGCAACGUAGCUUCUUCUUCUGGCAUGAUGAGUCGCAACAUGAAUGAGAUGCAAAUGGAAGUGCAGAGAAGGUUGCAUGAACAGCUAGAGGUGCAAAGACAUCUGCAACUGAGGAUUGAAGCACAAGGAAAGUACAUGCAAUCUAUCUUGGAGAGAGCUUGCCAAACCCUAGCCGGUGAGAACAUGGCAGCCGCCACCGCAGCAGCCGCCGUCGGAGGAGGAUACAAGGGUAAUCUGGGAAGUUCGAGUCUUUCAGCAGCGGUGGGCCCACCUCCUCAUCCUCUUAGUUUCCCGCCGUUUCAAGACCUAAACAUCUAUGGAAACACAACCGACCAAGUCCUCGACCAUCACAACUUCCAUCAUCAAAACAUAGAGAACCAUUUCACGGGUAACAAUGCUGCAGACACCAACAUUUACUUGGGGAAGAAGCGACCUAAUCCUAAUUUUGGUAACGAUGUAAGGAAAGGACUAUUGAUGUGGUCUGAUCAAGAUCACGAUCUUUCCGCAAACCAAUCGAUCGAUGAUGAGCAUAGAAUUCAGAUACAGAUGGCUACACAUGUCUCCACGGAUUUGGAUUCUUUGUCGGAGAUCUACGAAAGGAAAUCAGGUUUAUCAGGUGAUGAAGGGAAUAAUGGUGGGAAAUUACUGGAAAGGCCAUCGCCUAGGAGAUCACCAUUGAGUCCUAUGAUGAACCCUAAUGGUGGAUUAAUACAAGGAAGAAACUCGCCAUUUGGGUGAUACAAUUUAUUAAUUUUUAUCUAUGAGUGAUGCAUGGGAAUGUAAGAACGAGAUAUAUAUGUUUUGUCAUUGUGAGUUUGACGUAGGGUUUAGAGAUGAGACAAAACAAAACAAAACAAAAAAAAAUAAAAAAUAUAUAAGCUUUGUUAUGUUUACCGGAUUAGUUUUGCUCGUGUUUUAUAAUCUGUACGGAAACUAUAUAUUAUUGCUGUUCUUAUAAUAUUUUAGGAUCUAUAUAUUUUGUACUUAUUCGUUACUUAUUUCUUCUAGUCAACUGUUUGAUGAUUGAUCUU